UAGGGGAGCAAUCAUUUCAGGACUGAGGAAGAAGAGGGGUACAACCAAGAAGGGACAAGUGGGAAGGCUAAUCCCGCACCCCCGCCCCUCCCUUCCUGCUCCUCAGAGCAGAGGAGGGUCACCACCAUUUGCAGAUGCCGGGGAAAAGGCAGUAAGAAGGGGAAGCUCUUGCCCCCAGCUCCCCUCCUGAGGUCCCCCGCAGCAUCCCGGGCGAGGCGGAGGAGCUGUUCUCCAGCACCGCGGAGCACCGGGUGCCGGGGAGCUGUCCACUUCAGCACCACCACGUUAAUGCAGUAGGUGGGAGAGCAACUGACAAGGGAAGAGAGACAGAGGCAGCCACCGCCGAGCAGCAAACCCUGCAGCAACACACCGGUCCUCUUCUCUUCCGAAGCGUUGCAGAGAGGAGGAGGGAAACCCGUCUCGAUUCUGGGGGAGCAACACCCUCUCCUGCCCACUUUUGCCUCCGCCAACAACACCAACUGCUGCUGCUGCUGUGGGGAAAGCCAUGGAAGGCAAGACCUCAGCACCUGUUCAGCUGAAAUCAAGGGCUUACAGUAUACUGGGCAGCCUGGUUCGGUGGUAGGGGAAGAAACAACCAAGCAAGCAAAACAAACAAACAAACAAAUAAAAAGAAAGCAAGAAAAGUGCAAGAGAAUAGAAACAAACAAAAAAAACCCCAACAACAACAAAAACAAAAAUCCAAGGAAGAUAACUGGGAAGGAAAGGGAUUUUCAUGGCGCAGGCUGCAGAGCUAAGCAAGAAGACUGAAGGUUGCAUCUCUGCUCUUACAAUCUCUAACUGUCUAGGUCCAGAUAAUGAGAGAUUGUGUUGAGGAUGCUGCUGCUGCUCCCCUGUUCACUGUGGAAGCCAUCUCCAAAUUAGCCAUUACAUAUGGAAACUGGAGACCAGAAUUUUAGAAAAAGGGAUUAAGGCAUCUCAUUUUGGGGGGGUUUCUCUCUUUAUUUCUCUCUUUUUUUUUUUUUAGUUCUUUUCUUUCUCUUUUAUUCUUUUUUUCUUUUUUCUUUCAUUUUUUUAUAUAUAUAUAUACAUCUAUUACAACUGGAACGUUUCUGAUUUAAAAGGCAAGCCUCUUCCCGUGUGAUCUUUGCAAUUUACACUCUUUUCCGUGGGCUUUCUUACCUCCCUUUUUGAUAUAUAUCUCUCUAUAUAUUCCCAUUAUAUUAUUAGUGGAAUUAUUAUCCUUUUUUUAUUUUAUUAACACACACACCCCAAGAAUCAGAAGGCGGUUGGGUAUUUAUAUAAUGAAGAAUUAUGGGGCUCUUUGACAGAGGUGUUCAGAUGCUUUUAACCACCGUUGGUGCUUUCGCUGCCUUCAGCCUGAUGACCAUAGCUGUGGGGACCGACUACUGGCUUUACUCCAGAGGGGUUUGCAAGAGUAAAAUUGUCAAUGAGAACGAAACCAGCAAAAAGAACGAGGAAGUCAUGACCCACUCUGGAUUAUGGAGAACCUGCUGCCUGGAAGGGAAUUUUAAAGGUCUGUGUAAGCAAAUCGAUCACUUCCCUGAGGAUAUAGAUUAUGAAGCCGACGCAGCAGAAUAUUUCCUCCGGGCCGUAAGGGCCUCUAGUAUUUUUCCAAUCCUGAGUGUGAUUCUGCUUUUCAUGGGUGGACUCUGCAUCGCAGCCAGCGAAUUCUACAAAACCCGACACAACAUCAUCCUUAGUGCCGGCAUCUUCUUCGUGUCUGCAGGUCUGAGUAAUAUAAUUGGCAUCAUUGUGUACAUAUCAGCCAACGCUGGAGACCCCUCGAAGAGUGACUCCAAGAAGAACAGUUACUCCUAUGGUUGGUCCUUCUACUUUGGGGCUCUGUCCUUCAUUAUAGCUGAGAUGGUGGGAGUGCUGGCUGUCCACAUGUUUAUUGACCGGCACAAACAGCUGCGUGCCAACGCUCGUGCCACGGACUACCUCCAGUCCUCUGCCAUUACCCGCAUCCCCAGCUACCGCUACCGCUAUCAGAGACGCAGUCGCUCCAGCUCCCGUUCCACUGAGCCUUCACACUCCAGGGAUGCCUCACCUGUCGGGAUCAAAGGGUUCAAUACCCUCCCAUCAACAGAGAUCUCGAUGUACACCCUGACCAGGGACCCCCUGAAGGCUGCCACUACCCCUACCGCCACUUACAAUUCCGACAGGGAUAACAGCUUCCUCCAAGUUCACAACUGUAUCCAGAAAGAGAACAAGGACUCUAUCCACACUAACACAGCCAACCGCCGGACCACCCCGGUAUGAAGCCGUCACCAGGAGCUGAAAAUGGGGAAGGAGCAGGCGG